AUGUUGGGACUCCACAUCCUCUUUGGAACACUUCAAUUUAGCUUUCCAACAGAUUUCCAUCGCCAGCCCUUCGAUGACGGGAGUUUCGACUUCGAAUUCUCGAACGUGUUCGAUCACGCGCUCUAUCCGGAUAAGUUCGUGGGGGAGAUCGAACGGACGCUGAGGCCGGGAGGGGUGUGCGUGCUCCACGUGGCGCUUAGGCGACGCUCGGAUAAGUACUCGGCCAAUGAUUUGUUUAGCGCCGAGCCGCUCAAGAAGCUGUUUAACAAGUCCCGUUUGCUUCGCCUUCGUACGGUUGAUGCCUUUGGGUUGGAUACUGAGCUUGUUUUUAGAAAAACUAUAACACCACUCUGA